UUUCCCUUUUGUUGGGCAGACUGGGGCUCAGUAAGACAAAGGCCAUCCCUGAAGCGGAAAAGAUCCGCACAGUCGGGAGAACUGGGGACUGAAGGAGGCCAAGAGGCCAAGACCCGCUAAGACCAUGAAGCUGCGGAGCACCGAGGAGGCCUAGAAAGACCCGCCUCUCGAACCCCGGUCCCCCUCCGCUUCCAGCUUCCGGGAUGGGCGCGGCUUCCGGUUCCGGCGGUGGGCUACAAAGCUCGGGGGCGGGGAGCUGGUUUCCUUUCCCUGGACCCGGUGGAGGGCCCUCUAGUUUCAUCGCAAGCCGCCCGGUCCCCCCGCCCUCUGAGGGGCACCUGCGCAGGAGUCUGAGAAAUCCUCUUCCAGAGUUCUAAAAUGGAGAUGGAAGGGGACCCAGAGAUGCAAAGAAAUGGGGAAAUCCAGAAUGAUGACAUAAGUGCACUACCAAAUGAGAUGUUGGCUGAGGAGCCAGAGGUGGUCCUUAAAGCACCUCCCCAGGUCCAGGUGCCACCAGAGAGCCUCAAAGACUCUGAAGAAGACCUGGAGACCGUGCCCCAAGGGAGACCUCUCACCUCUGCAGCCUCCAGGCAGAGAUUCCGGAAGUUCCGCUACGAGGAUGCAGCUGGGCCCAGGGAUGUCCUCAGACAGCUCCAGGAGCUUGCCGGACAGUGGCUGAGGCCCGACAUUCACACAAAGGAGCAGAUUGUGGAAAUGCUGGUGCAGGAGCAACUCCAGGCUGUCCUCCCUGAGGAGCUCAGAGCCAGGGCACAGAGAUGUCAGCCUGGGGUCAGAAUCACUGGCUGAAUCUCGCUGCUUGCUUCUUGCUCAGCCUACAUGUGGGAAGUAAGCAAAGGCUCUCUCUGUUGCAAAAUCGAGCUGCAACCUCUUCGAGCUUGCCUUUGACUAGCUGUAGGAAGAAUCAGAACCCAUGCCUGGACCCUUUUCUGGCUGCAGCAUCUCUAUUUCCUGGGACUGUGAACUCCAGAAUGAGUUUCCCUGCCCUCUUGUUAGGACAAUCAGCCUGCUGCUUCAUUUUUGCUCUGCUAAGAUGCCUCCUUUUUUGCACUUUGUGACAUGCUUUAAUAUAUUGUUUUUGUUGUUGUUUCUUUUUUUAAUGUACCCAAAGAGGUGAUUGCCUCAGCUUUAAUAUUCUUGAUUCUUGCUGUGGUGGCAUGAAUGGAAGCUUCUGUAACCCCACCAGUAACUCAUUUUGGAUGUCCUUAAAAUAUUAAAGUUUGGGGUUUUUUUUAA